AAUUACGUCAUACUUUAUGACAGUGACAAAGUUAAUCAAGUCUUAAGAGCUAGCGCGCACGGGAUAAAAAGUUAAAAGAAUAUUUAGAUAAAGCAGGUUCUAAAGUGCGAAGUAAAUCAUUAAAACUUCCAACAUUCAUUCGGAAAUAUCGAAAAAAAAUAUAUAAUGCUUUUAUUUCUCAUAUAUGGCUUUUUUUCUGGCGUAAGAGUUCGCAGACAACGACCGUCUCUUCAAAAUCCAUAACGACGAAUGACGCAUCGAUUUCAAAAAGUUUUAUCACUGUCAACCUUCGUGAGCGCACUCCACUCUGGAUAGGAGGAGACAUAAUAUUGUAGGACAAAUAAAUAAUUAAGAAACGAAUACAUACUUUCUUUAUUUUUUUAUUAAUAUUUAGCUUUCAUACCACCAUUCCACGUGGUCACGAUUUGUACAGUAGACAUUUUUAAUUUGUAUUUAUUUAAGGCUAAAAUGUAAAUAAUUCUAUAAUAAACUUUAACUUAUUUUUUACGUGAUAUUUAAAUAGACAGCAGAUGUUAAUAAAUCAAAUGUCAAAUAUCAAUAUUGUUACUGUCAUAGUGUAGUAUUAAGUAGGUAUAUUCUAUAGAGACGUCAAGUGUAGCAGCAGUUACAUUAUAAUAAAUUUAACUUAAAUUAAAUUUGUCUGAAACACUAUAAACUAUUAAUUAAUAAAUUAGAGCUACCUGCCUUUUAGGCGUUUAUAAACAUAAUAGUACAAUGAACUACAUGUAUAAAUUAAGACAUAACAAGAAUUGACAUGUGUUUGAAGAAUUUAUCCCUGAAAACAUAAAUAAAAUCAUCCCAGAUAAAACUGUACACAUUUUAUAAACAAGGGUUCUCAAAAGAAAGCUUAUAAAUCAAACAAUAGACUAAUUCUAAUUUUAAAAUGUUAAUAACAGUACCAAAAUUUCAAAAUAAACAGCUGAAGAGAUUUCUGGAGCACAGUGUGUAUCUUUUAAUAGUUUUCGUUUUAGUACCAGGGUUUAUAUAUUUUGAACUUUGUGUUGUGUUACCCACUGUGGUUGAAAUAUGGAGUAUUUAUUAUAUUAUGCAUUAUGUCUGUGCAACAUUUCUUUUAAUUAACAUUGUUGGAAAUAUGAUAUAUGGUAUGUUUACUGAUACAAGUAUAAGAGGAAAAGUUUUGGAAAGUGGACACAAAGAAGACUGGACGAUGUGUUCAAUAUGUGAGUGUCUACGACCUCCUCGUGCCUGGCACUGUGAUACCUGUGAUACAUGCAUUCUAAAGAGAGAUCACCAUUGUACAUUUUUUGCUUGUUGCGUUGGUUAUUAUAAUCAUAGAUAUUUCAUGUUCUUUACACUAUAUAUAUUCAUUGCUAUGGUGUACUCGUUCUAUUAUAAUGUAAUAUUUUUAAGUACCUUUAUAAAAUGGAACCAUGGACUGAUCAUAGCACAGUUUGUAUUUCCACUUGCUACUUUUGUGAUUGAUUUUGGAGAAGAGACUUUAUAUGUAUUUUUAGUGGAGAUAAAUUUCAUUAUAGGUGCAUUUACUGGUUUUCUUUUUAUAUUUCAUUUUAAUAAUAUAUUGAAAGGUAAAAUAACUCCAGAAACCAAACCAAAUGUUAAAGGAGUAUCUUAUGACAAAGGGCUUAAACUUAAUCUAAUUGAAGUAUUUGGGCAUAGAUGGCACCUCUCAUGGAUGUCUCCCUUUAUUAACAGCCCUUUACCUGGAAAUGGUAUUGAGUGGAUUAUUGAAGAUAAGCAUAAAUAGAUAUAAAAUAUAAGUUAAUUUAUUAAAUUUAUUAAUUGAGUGACAAAAUUUUAUUAUCAUGGCACAAAUUACACUUAAAAUCUUAUAACAUAUUUUCAACAAUAGUGGAAAUAUGCCUUAUUUUUAUUAUUAUAUAAAUAAAUAUUAUACAUAAUCUUAAGUAAAUAUUUAUAAUUAUAAAUUGUACUUAACUUAUUAACAUAAUAAUUUUUGUCAAAACACUACAAA